AUGAUAUUUUUCUUGCUCGUUGCAAUAGUCGCAGGUGAGAACGAAGCUGUGCUUGAUUAUCUGGGGUUACCUCUCAAGGCCAGAUAUAAUUAUCACGCCGUUGUCCAUACUAUUCCGAAAGGAGGAGCAUUCAUUAGCCAGUACGGAAAGUUGACAAGGAAAGGCAUGAAAUGCCCUCAGAAUGUGUUAAUGCUGUUUGGGGAAGAUGAUAUUUCCAAACGCAACCAAAUUCAAUUUGUAUUAUCAUCAUCAUCAUCAGAUGUGGUACGUGUAUCAACAGAGCUUAACAUCAGGUUCGUGCAUCCUUUAUGCAAUGUGUCCGGGUACUGGAGAGUCGCAAAUAGCUCAUCGCCACUCAAAGAAGUAGUCAUGACUGGAUCCAAGUCAAGCAAUGACAGUACCUUCACCAUCCAGAAAUCUGGAGACGGAUUUUACAAGUUUGCUUUCGGAAGUGCUGACAAACCUAUGUCUAUCGGUUUACAGCCUAUUCAUGUUUCAGCGAAAUUGAUAUUGUCGAAAGACAUUGACUUUAGCGUUUCCUUCCACCAUGUGUUUUAA